GGCCCCGGCGGAUACUCACACUCACCGCGGCGGGGAUGAAGGGGCCCCGGCGGAUACUCACACUCACCGCAGCGGCUGGGCCCGCCUGCGGCCUAGGGCGGCACUCCGCCGUUGCCAGGGUAACGCGCGCGGCGGUUGCCGGGAGCCGGCGGUGGCGGGAUGAGGAUCUGCGGCGUGUGCGAGGAUCGGGCUCCGAAUUACCGGUGCCCGGCCUGUGACCUGCGCUAUUGUUCUGUAGGAUGCUACAAGAAACACAAGGAUGAUUGCAAAACACAGGAGUCUGGUUCAGUGUCAUCGAUUUCAGAGCUUUCUACAGAGGUGGAGGGAGUAACGUGGCAAGAUGGCAAAGAUGACAUCUUGGGUGAAGAUGAAGAAUCUGAUCGGGUGCCCGUAGAGAAAUUGAAACUGUUGGGAAAAUCUGAGGAACUGAAGAGUUUACUUUGUAAUCCUCAUCUUAGACAGUUGCUAUUGACAAUAGACAGAGCAGAAGAUAAAGAAAACAUCAUGAAGUCAGCUAUGCAAGAACCAAUUUUUGUAGAAUUUGCGGAUCGAUGUCUACAAAUAAUUGAACCACAGGAGAAAGAAAAUGACAUUAAUAACUCCUGGCUACAUAUUUUGCAAAGUAAUUAACCUAUCUUGCUUUUAACUUCUUAUUCAAUUGCAAAAUGAAAAGCUUGACUAUUCAGCAACCUUGAAUGUGCUGUGAUGCCAAAGACUGUGGACAGUUUUCCAAAGUUUGACUGAAAUUGUGAUUAAAGUUUAAAACAUAACUGAAGAGUAAACUAUUUAAGCUGGCAGCUAAUAAAUGCAAAUACAUAAUUUAAUAAAAUGUGACUGGAGAAAACCAAAAUCCAAUUUGCUGCUUUAAAGAUUUACUCUUCCAUUACCAACAUUUGUAAUUUAAUUACUUCACUUCCUCCCCCAAUUUAAGAUUUGCAUUUGCUGCUUACUAACCUGCCCGCUUAGACAGUAGAUACAGAAUCACUAGGUCCCUAUAAUAAAUGGAGCAAGACGUCUCUUUAAUUUCUGCAAUAAAGGUCAAAAUAUCAUCUACUUUCCUAAUUGUUUACUGUACAUUCAUGUUAACAUUGAUUCAAUGUAUAAAGACACCAAAGUCCCUCUGAACAUAAACACCUUUCAAAAUGUAUCCAUUUAAUACUCAACAUUUUUUUAAUCAUCAAAAUGGGAUUUUAUUUUUCUGCACUGUAUUUCAUGUGUCUUUUUGUUCAGUCAUUUCAUCUGUAUGCCUGCUUGAAUUUUUCCAUACUUCUCAUAGACAAUACCACCACUCAGUUUUUGAAUUAGGAGCAAACCUGGAUAUGUUGCACUCCGUAGCUUCAUCCAGAUCAUCAAUAAAAGUUGAGAGCAACUGGGGCCCUAGCACCAGUCCCUACAGCAUCCCAUUUGUCAGUUUCCCCAAACCAAAAAGUUUAUUUCUGCUGUUUUCUGUCAAUUAACCAAUCCUCAAUCUGUGCCAGUAUAAUUACAUCAAGUAUUGCUAUAAUCCAGCAUAGAACCUUAUUGAAGGCCUAGAAGUCCCAAACACAACAUGUCAACAAGUUUGCCCUUAUCCUGCUAGUUAUAACCUCAAAAAAAAUCCAACUGAUUUGUCAAAUAGUAUUUCUUAAAAAACAAAAUCAGUUUGCUGUUACCAUUUCCUAUAUAAUAGAUUCCAACAUUUGGAUACAAAAGAGACUGCAGAUGCCAACAUUUUCCUUACUAACUGAUUUGAGGUUAAAUGGUCUAUAGCUUUAUUUUCCCCUGUCCUUUCUUCAGCAGUGGGGUUAUGUUUGGUACUUUCCAAGCUUACCAUUCUGAAUCUACAGAAUUUUAGAGGAUUAGCAUCAGGACCAUCACCGUCUCCAAAGCCACCUCCUUUGAAACAGGAUGCACAUCAUCAUGUCUUGAUUAACACCUUUUCAGUCCCUUUAAUUUCUUGAACAUUACUAUUUCUAAUAAAUUGAUGGAUUUUCUUUAACUUACUCUAAUCUGUUCUUUACAAAUGCACACAAAUUGGAAAUUUGGGCCCCUUUGUUCAUUAAUUUCAAUAAUGACAACAAGAGGCAUCCUUUUCCUAUUCUAGGAUAGGAUUUUGCAUAAGUGAGAGGGAAAAGUAUGUCUGUUGAAGAAACUGAUUCUAUCCAUUUAAAUGAGUUGAGUCUUAACUCAUAUAUGGAAUGAAUCAUGCCUUUGGAAAAUAUAAUUUAAGGAAUGCAUGUGGAUGAGAAAGAGGUCUCAGUAUAUAUCUUUGUAGAAUCCCAGACAAGUCAAAAAGAUGGCCAAGAAAUCAGAGCUGAUAUUUCCCACUUUCACCAUCAUACUGAUUGCAACCACAAAUGAAGAUGGUGCAUAUAAAUAUAUGAGAAUAGAAGUCACCAUGAAAGAACGAGGCCAAAAGUAUCAUGGAAUGUUCCCUUUAAUGAUAAGAGUGUAGUAGGAGUUAAUUAAAAUGUACUAACUUUAGCAAUCAGUUCAAAUAGUAAAAUAAAUCCUGUUUUAAUAAAACUAAAAUCCAACAGAUCUGUUUAAAUUUGUCAAGAAAUCGAAAUUCAACAUAUUUCAAAAGGAUUUCUAAAUGAUGCUCUAAUAAUGUUUUUUUGUGACAAAUAUUAUACAAUUUUUAAAAACAUUUUGGUUUUGUAAAACAAAGUUGAAGCAGCAAGAUUUUUGCCUAUAAAGUGCAGAAUUGGAAUAGAAAUUGACACAUUUCUUGCUAGUGAAUACAAAUGUUACAAUCUAACAGGACAUUACAAAAUACAUGUUGAAGAGUAAAAUUGCCUUUACAUCUCUUAUUUAAAAACAAUGAAUGCCAAAAUGUUCCUGCACAUUUUUAAUUCUGCAUUAGUUUCCCAUUUGUAUGCAUCUCUUAAGUAUAUGGAUCUCUUAACAAUACAUUUAUUACUUUUGUGAAUUUUCUAAACUAUAUUCCAUCAUUAAUCCUGGAUUUUUGUUUGGUAACAGUCUCUUGAUUUUAUGGUAAAUACAGAAUACUAUGAAAUACACCAAAUCCUGCCUGAGAUUGCAUUAAAUCAAAUAAAAUAAACAUAUACAUUGUUAGUU